AUCUAUGUGUAGUAAGUUCAUGGGGCAACUGGUUUUAAGUAUUUGGGUUUAUUUGCCUCUCACUGUUUUUGGCUGCUAAAGAUAUUCCAGCGUUGAGGGGCAUAAAAGAAGAGGAAGAGCGACUUCUCAGGGGCUGGGAAUUCUGGGGAGGAAGCAAAGGGUAAUCGAGUAGGAGAAACGAACAUGGUGAAGGUUAGAAUGAACACGGCCGACGUGGCCGCUGAGGUGAAAUGCCUUAGAAGACUCAUAGGGAUGCGAUGCGCCAACGUUUACGACAUCUCCCCCAAAACUUAUCUUUUCAAGUUGAUGAAUAGCAGCGGUAUUACGGAGUCUGGGGAGAGUGAGAAGGUUUUGCUACUGAUGGAAAGUGGCGUCAGGUUGCACACAACUGAAUAUGUGAGGGACAAAAAUACAACUCCUUCUGGAUUUACUCUUAAAUUACGUAAGCACAUUCGAACAAGAAGGCUUGAAGAUGUUCGCCAACUUGGAUAUGAUAGGGUAUAUUUUGCAUGUCUUUUCCAAUUUGGAUUGGGUGCUAAUGCUCACUACAUUAUUUUGGAGCUAUAUGCUCAAGGAAAUAUCAUUUUAACAGACUCCGAGUUUACAGUCAUGACACUUCUACGAUCACAUAGAGAUGAUGAUAAGGGAUUGGCAAUCAUGUCGCGCCACCGCUAUCCGGUCGAAGCUUGCCGUGUUUUCAAAAGGACCGACUUUUCUAAGUUAAAAAUGUCUCUCACGCUAUGCAAAACAUCAGAUUUUACGGAAGAAUCUGUCUUUACCGAAGGUGGCACCAACUCGUCUAAUUUAUUCGAGCAGACUAAGAACGUGUUGGGGAAGAAUGGGAAAGCUAACGAUGGUGCUCGAUCUAACAAAACUUCUUUGAAAGCAAUUCUCGGUGAAGCAUUAAGCUAUGGUCCUGCACUGGCUGAACAUAUCGUACUUGAUGCUGGUCUUUCACCAACUAUGAAAGUUGGCAAUGACAAUAAAAUUGAUGAGGGGAUAGUUGAUAUUUUGGAGAAAGCUGUAACAAGGUUUGAAGACUGGCUAUUGGAAGUUAUAUCUGGCGCAAAAGUGCCUGAGGGUUAUAUUUUAAUGCAGAAUAAAGUCUCUGAUAAGAAGGGAUCUAUUAAUCUGGAGUCUGCUGUGAACAAGGAAAAUCGUGUAUUUACACUGAAGAAAGAAGUGGACCAUUCCAUUAAAAUGGCGGAAUUAAUUGAAUAUAACUUGGAAGAUGUUGAUGCCGCCAUCUUAGCUGUUCGUGUUGCUCUUGCAAAAGGAAUGUCUUGGGAUGAUCUUGUACGAAUGGUGAAGGAAGAGAAGAGAGCUGGAAAUCCUAUUGCUGGUCUCAUUGACAAACUCCAUCUUGAAAGAAAUUGCAUUACGUUGUUGCUGAGCAAUAACUUGGAUGAAAUGGAUGAAGAUGAAAAAACUUGCCCAGUUGACAAGGUAGAAGUAGAUUUAGCACUAUCUGCUCAUGCAAAUGCUCGGAGUUGGUAUGAACUAAAAAAGAAACAGGAGUUCAAACAAGAAAAAACUCUAACAGCUCAUGAGAAAGCUUUCAAAGCAGCUGAAAAGAAGACACGUCUUCAGCUUGCUCAGGAAAAGACAGUUGCCGCAAUUUCUCACAUGCGCAAAGUUCACUGGUUUGAGAAAUUCAACUGGUUUAUCAGCAGUGAAAAUUAUUUGAUCAUUAGUGGUAGAGAUGCUCAACAGAAUGAGAUGAUAGUCAAGCGAUAUAUGUCAAAAAGUGAUUUAUAUGUACAUGCAGACCUGCAUGGUGCUUCAAGCACCGUGAUCAAGAAUCAUAGGCCUGAAAACCCCAUUCCACCUCUUACUUUAAAUCAAGCUGGAUGCUUUACUGUAUGUCACAGCCAAGCAUGGGACUCGAAGAUAGUUACGAGUGCUUGGUGGGUUUAUCCUCAUCAAGUAAGCAAAACAGCUCCUACCGGAGAGUAUCUUACAGUUGGUAGCUUUAUGAUUCGCGGCAGAAAGAACUUUCUACCUCCUCACGCUCUUGUUAUGGGAUUUGGAAUUCUAUUUCGCUUGGAUGAGAGCUCCCUGGGAUCUCAUUUAAAUGAAAGAAGGGUGCGAGUAGAAGAUGAAGGUGUCCCCGAGAUGGAAAAUGAAUCACAUAAGGAGAUUAGUGAGUCUGAUUCAAUUGAAGAAAAUGUUGAUGAGGUUUGUGGAGAUGACGGUGAUGCUCCAUCUAAGCUAGGUACUAUUCAUCAUGAAGUCGAGAAAAGCUUUUAUGAUGAAACUGGCACUAUGAAUAAUGUGAAGGCAACAGAUUCCCAAAUCUAUGACCACUUCAAUGAUCAAAAAAGUUUUGAUUUGGAUGAAAGAGGAAAAUGUUCUACUUCGUCUCAACUUGAUGAUAUAAUUGAUAAAGCUCUCGGUGUUGGACCUACAAAACUAUUACAUAAAGAUUCAGGAAUCACUAAUAAUCUAUCAAUUUUACCUGAGGAUCACCAAGGGAUUAAGAGUUCAGGUCGAGAUAAGCCUUACAUGUCGAAAGGAGAAAGGAGAAGGUUGAAGAAAAACCAGAAAAGCGGCAGCAUUGCUGAAAACGACUCGUUUGAGCAAGGAGAAAAUGGUCAAUGUAGCACAUCCAGUAAUAGCCAUCAGACUUUGAAACCAGCUAAUGCAAAGAUUGCUCGUGGGCAGAGGGGUAAACUCAAGAAGAUCAAGGAGAAGUAUGCAGAACAGGAUGAUGAAGAGAGAGAAAUUCGCAUGGCUUUACUUGCGUCAGCGGGAAAUGCUCACAAAAAUGAGAAAGAAGCCAAUGAUCAUGAUGGCGCUGCAGGCAGAGCAGUCAGGCCAAUACCUGUAUCGACCGUUGAACAGGAUCCCUCCAAAAUUUGCUAUAAAUGUAAGAAACAUGGCCAUCUUUCUCGGGAUUGUCCGGAACAAAUUACUUUGCCUGAACAUUCGAAUGGGGAUGUUCAUGAUUAUUCAAAUAGAGUACUGCAUAGAACAACCAUUGAGAUGGACAAGGUUACUAUGGAGGAAGAAGGUAUCAAUGAGGUUGGAGAGGAAGAGAGAGCUACUUUGCCUGAACAUUCGAAUGGCGAUGUUCAUGAUUAUUCAAAUAGAGUACUGGAUAGAACAACCAUUGAGAUGGACAAGAUCACUAUGGAGGAGGAAGGUAUCAAUGAGGUUGGAGAGGAAGAGAGAGAAAAAUUAAAUGAUAUGGAUUAUUUGACCGGAAAUCCGCUCACGAAUGAUGUAUUAUUAUACGCUGUACCUGUAUGUGCUCCGUACAAUGCAUUGCAAGCCUACAAGUAUCACGUCAAAAUAACUCCAGGUUCUGCCAAAAAAGGAAAAGGUGCGGAUCUAAUCAUAUAUUUCACUCUUGCAAUCUCACUUUUAAGGUUGUGAAAAUCAGACCGGAUG